CUCCCACUCUUGCAAGUCGAUUAAACAACAAAGAACCAUGAAAUGAACACAAGCUGUUAUUGGGAUUAAGAUAAGAGAAACAAAACAAAACAGGAUCAAAUGUUUGCUACGAGGAACAUUCAAAAGCAUUGCUUCAAGUUCAAGACCCUCUCUUGUCUUAUCCAAUCCAAUCCUUACUAUAAGAAUGUUGCAUUAUUGAAGGAAGUUUCCCCUAUGUUGGUGUCAUCCAAUGUCAUUCAACCAAGUACUUUGUUUCUUGAUGAUAACCCUUCCUUGUUUAAGCGAUUGAGUCAUCCCUUCAGUGGGUGGUCUCGUGCAAUGUCGACUUCAAGAAGGGGGAGCAGCAUGUCAACUUCAAGAAGAGGAAGCAGCAUCCGAAGCAAGGUGGAGAGGCGAUUGCAGAAGGAGUCUGGCAAAACCCAAAGAGAGAUCAGGAGAGCAAAAAAAAUAAAGAAGAAGCUUAUGACUGAUGAGGAGAGGCUUAUUUAUAACCUCAAAAGGGCCAAGAAGAAAGUCGCUUUGCUGCUACAAAAGCUAAAGAAAUAUGAGCUACCAGAAUUACCAGCCUCUCUGCAUGAUCCCGAGCUAUUUACACCUGAGCAGAUUCAAGCAUAUAAGAAGAUAGGCUUUCGAAAUAAAAAUUAUGUUCCUGUCGGUGUUCGUGGAGUAUUUGGAGGGGUCGUCCAAAAUAUGCAUCUCCAUUGGAAGUUCCAUGAGACAGUGCAAGUUUGCUGUGGUAACUUCCCCAAAGAAAAGAUCAAGGAAAUGGCCACCAUGCUUGCAAGACUGAGUGGUGGUAUUGUGAUUAACAUACAUAAUGUAAAAACAAUUAUCAUGUUCCGUGGUAGGAACUAUCGCCAGCCCAAAAGCUUGAUACCUUUCAACACCCUUACAAAAAGGAAGGCAUUGUUCAAGGCCAGGUUUGAACAAGCUCUCGAAUCUCAGAAGUUAAACAUAAAGAAGAUAGAGCAGCAGCUCCGACGAAUGGGUGUAAACCCUGAGGAUCCAGUUGCCAUGGCCAGCAUACAAAGAGUUGCUUCAACAUUCUUCAAUGCAAUUGACCAGAAGGAAGGAAGCCCUUAUGUCUUCAGAGGAGACAAAGAGUUAGUUGGGGAACCCAAAAGGAAUAUAGAACAUUCAGAACCUCCUGAUGAUAGUGACCAGGAGGAACUAGACAAUUUUAUAGCUGAAAUAGAGGAUGCAGCAGAUAAAGAAUGGGCUGAAGAGGAAGCAGCAGAGAAUGAAGAGGCUGGUAAAAUCAGGUAUUGGAACAGGGAAGAAUUUGGGGGAAGGUUCAGAAGAUCUGAGAACCUUAGAAAUGACGACCCAGAUGAUAUCAGAGGUUGGAAGGAUAAACAUGGCAAGAGAAGAUUUACUGGUAGUGAUGAUGAAGACAAUGGCUAUCCGGACGUUGAUGAUGAAUGGGAUUCCAAUAAUGUUCAAGAGGUGAAUGAUCUUGAGAGUGAUGCUGAUGAAGCUCGUAAACAGUUCACCAGACCUAGACGAGAAAGAGGGGAGCAGGAAAAGGUUGUCAGAGCUAACAGUAAUAAAGGUUGGAAGAGAAAUGCUGAAGCUAAUCUUAAUAGAAAAAUGGCAGAAGAAGAUUCUGAGUCAGAAAACAUGUUUAGUGAUCUUGAAAAUGCAAUGUGGCAAUCUGACUCUGAGGAAGAGCAUGAUAUAAGAGCAUCAGGAGCAGAUGCAAGCCCUAAUUAUAUAAGCAACAGCGAUGAAGAGGAUGGGAGUGUGGAGGAUGUUCGCAAGACUCAUGCCAAUACUCAUUUCAAAAGAAAUGCUGAAGCCAACUUUAGAGGAAAGAUGGCCGAGAAAGAUUCUGGUUCAGAAGAUUUAUCAAGUGAAUCUGAAGUUGAAAUGCUUGAAUCAGACUUGGAUGAAGAUUCAAGAACGUCGAUGGGUGGGAGAUAUAAUUAUAUUAGUGGUGGCGAAGAAUAUUAUCACCAGCCAAAAGACGAGAAGAGUGAAGUGAAUCAUGGACCACAGAAGUCACUAAAACAGAUGGAUGAAACCUGGGACAGUGAUUAGAUCAGUAAUGCAAUGCAUAUCAUUCUUCCUUAAAAGAUUGUAUCAUGCGAGCUGACUAACAGAAAGCAAUUUUUUCGUGAUCGUAAACAGCAUGAAGUGAAGGUUAUGUUUAUCACGAUUUAUUGCAUGUAACAUUGCUCAUUUUAAACGCGAACAUAAAAGGUUCAGCACCACAUAAACUGAGGAUAUUUUUGAGCAAUCAAUCGACGAUUAAAUGAAAAUGUGCCAUCCUCAGUAUAGCAUAGCUUUUCAAUGAUUCUUCAUUGCAUUUAAAUUUCUAAGUGUCUUUACUUUGUUGAAUGGAUAUCUUUUGAUAUGGGGGUUUAUUUUGAACUGGCAUGUACCAGGGGUUAUG